AUGCUUGUCAGAUUGCAGUAUUUGUACCUGAGUGGGUCUGAUGUUACUGCUCCUGCAUGCAACAGAUCUAUCCAGCCAUCCUUUUCUCCUGACACGUUUCAUGGAUUGAAUGGCCUCAAAGUUUUGAGCUUGACUGGAAUGGGAAUAACUUUCCUGUGUGAGCAUUUGUUUAAAGGUGUAUCAAAUCUACAUAUACUAAACCUGCAGAAAAAUCCCAUAUACAAUAUUUCUAAAGAUGCUUUUAAUCACCUGACAAAGCUGCAGACCUUGGAUUUGUCUCAUACUUUCAUUACUACUCUCAAUCCGGAGACUUUUUCUCAACUUCAGAACUUGACAACCUUACACAUGGUUCCUAGCAACUUAAAGGAGAUACCUAUUGCAUUGAUUAAGCUGACCAAUUUGGAGGUACUCUUUCUUGGUGGUAAUUUUUCUGAAAUCCAUUUCAAUGAUGACUUUGAAAAGUUGAAAAAGUUGCAAGAAGUAAAGAUGGUGUCCAUUUUUAGCAAUGACAGUCUGUGUGGAGAAAUCUGCCGCGAUAUGAGUCUGCCUUAUAAUGCUUUCUGGAGUCUGAAGACAAAACAUUUGACUCUUCAUGAUGGUUUGCCUACAUGUUUUUUCAAAGUGUCACGGAGUAUGGGUCACAAGUUUUUUAAAUUCUAUUCUGAUAUCACCGAAGGGUUGUCUUUAUCUGGUUUAGAUGCUCCUUUGAACCAAAGUUUUCAUUCCACACUAACAAACUUGAACUUGUCUGGAAGUAGAGUUGAUCAUGUCAAGGAUUAUGUUUUCAAACAUCUUAACAAUCUACGUACUCUUAAUCUUAGUCAUAAUUUCAUCACUUACUUUGAUGAGCAUGCUUUCGUCGGACUUGCGAGUCUAACGAGAUUAGACUUAUCAUACAAUAAGCUUACCUUGAGGGGACUGAGUGCUCUGAAAACAUUCUCUAAUAGUAGUUACAAAUUGGAGGAACUUUUCCUUUCUAACAAUACGCAUUUGGUGACUCACAAUACCCAUAUGCUAGAAGAUGCCUGGAAUUUAUUUUUGAUCCCAACACUCAAGAAAAUAGUAUUACAUUCCAUCAAUUUGAAAGGUGAUGCAUUCAAAUUUCUAAUCAAAGUUUUGCAUAAAUUACCACAGCUAGAACAUCUAAACCUUUAUGGGAAUGACUUAAAUACAAUACCCACUAAGUUGAUUUCUUCUUAUCCACUUAAUUCAUUGAAAAUACUUGAUAUUUCAUACAACUGCUUGGCUGUCUUGGAUCAGUCAGAGUAUGAGCAUGGGCUAUCUGUAUUGCCACUUCUUCAGUAUGUUGAUCUUUCUGGAAGGCGAGUCCGACUGUCACUUUUUAAGAAUGCUACAUCUAUCCAACAGUUGAUUCUCAAUAAUAGAAGGCCUAUGUGCCCUGAUCUCCAGAAAAACUAUAAAUGGAAAAAUGACUUCAAUGUGCAGUGGGAAAACUCCCUGUUAACAUUUCCUAACUUGAUUAAACUUGAAAUAUCUUAUAGUCUAAUUACACAACUUUCAAAGAUUGUGUUUGAUGGGAUUUCUAAUGUCAAGUAUUUAAAUUUAAAUAACAACAAGUUUGAUCACCUUGACCUGUCGUUGUUCAGUCGCCUUCAGUACUUGAUUCACUUGGAUCUUAGCAAAAAUGAAAUACAUGCAAUUAAUGGUAGUUGGCGCAUGCCGAAGUUGAAAAAACUGAUGCUGUCAAAUAAUGGGUUGUCAUCAAUUCCCCAUUUUAUGCUUUCAAGUGAAUAUUUGCCAUCCCUCGUUGAAUUGGACUUAUCCUGGAAUGUAUUACGCUGUGAUUGUCUUCUUAGUUGGUUUCGUAAUUGGGCUCAAACUGAUUACUCGGUCAAACUGGUCAAUUUUCAUAAGUACCAGUGUGCCAACGCUCAUGACAAUUUUGAAGUCGAUGGAGAUGUUCGUAAUUUUGAUCCUGCUGUUCUGCCAUGCGAGUCUUUUCUCCAUGUUCAUUUAUCAGUCAGUUUGUCAUGCGGUUUUGCUUUCCUAUUGACUGUAUCCACAGUAUGUUUUUACUAUCGCUACAAUAUCAAGUACGGAUGGUACGUUUGUCGUAUAAAGAUGAAAGGGUAUAAACCUAUCACAGAAGACAGAAAGUAUGACACGUUUGUUUAUUACAAUAAUGCUGAUAGUGACUGGGUGAAUGAUGAAUUUUUGCCCAAAUUUGGCGAGGGUGACCACCCAAAGUUUAAUAUCUGCACGAGUGAGAAAGAUUUCAGCAGUGGGUACAAAGUGACUAAUAUAUUGGAUGCGAUCCAAGAGAGUAGAAAGACAAUUCUCUUACUAACAUCAAAUUUUGUCAACUGUGAAUUGUGUAUUUAUGGCAUGUUCCUAGCUUUGCAAGAGCUUUUUCAGGAGGGUCGAGAUGUCAUAAUUCUUGUUUUGUUAAAGCCGAUUCCCAAUGGGGAAAUGCCCCUGGAAUUGAGAAAGCUUUUUUGUAAUAAACCAAUAAUAAAAUGGCCUAAAACAGAUGAUCCAGUUGCAAGGAAUUUAUUUUGGGUCAAAUUAGAAGAUGCCUUAAAAUCCCCGACUAUAGUUGAUCCGUUCAUACAAGUGUUAUUCGCCAUCACAGUGUACGAUGAAACAGUUACAUGGGAAGUGAGCAUCAUGGUGGACUCUCUUCCUGGCUAUGUCUGUUUCUGUGCAUUAAUUUGUGUCAGCUUUGGUGUUUUACCUCCAUGGAAGGUGUACAAUGGGACACACAUAGAAUAUACAGGUGCUUAUGCUGACUUGACUGCUCUUCCCGACUCGUUGACGCAUUUGAAAUAUAUCAACACUGCAAAUGUUUCUUGGAAUGUUUCCAAUGAGACUUUUUCUCAGUGUAAUCCAAAAUGUUUGCCGCUACAGAAGUUGGAUCUUGGGGGUAACGCUAUCACCUCUGUUAGUCGCCAUGCGUUUUCCCAUCUGUCAAGUCUGCUAAACCUAUCAUUGGCUCAGAAUCGCCAUCUUAAGCAAUAUGAUAUAAAUUGCAGUUGGAGCUUGGAGUUGAAUGUUGAUGUAUUCGCAGGCUUGCAUAAUUUGAUGUAUUUGGAUUUGACUCUUAUCGGUAUGAGGGAUCUUAAUCCUGAGAUGUUGCGGCCAUUGAAGAAGUUAGAGACUUUGGCAAUAGGUAAGAACUGUCUUGCAGAACUACAGGAUGAAACAUUCAAUGGUUUACAAGAACUUAAGGUGUUGGAUCUGUCUUAUACUACUAUAAAAAGCUUGCCUUCCAUGGUAUUUUCAAAGCUGAAUAAGCUGGAAACCUUGUUACUGUAUAGAACUCGUCUCAUGAACAUUCCAAAUGUUGCACUUGCACCACUAGUGAACUUGCGGUAUUUGAUCAUUAGCGGCUAUUUUACGACCAUCCAAUUUGGUGAACAGUUUAAGAAUAUUACACGGCUACAGAUGGUAAGCUUACGGACUUAUUACUAUAACAAUACGGAAGAAGAACACACUGAAAUGAAUAUUACCAACACUUCUUUUGAACAUCUACAAACAGAGGCCUUUGAAAUUCAUCAAGAUCAAGGGGUUGGAGCUAAUGGAGUGAAAAAUUUACUGAGGUACCCACCUGAUACUAAAAACUUGUCGCUUAACUGGGUGCACGGUCUGUCGUCUAGAUCCUUAAAUCGCACCUAUUUUAACGUGUCAAAGAGUCGAGUUGUUGAUUUCGUCUCUCUGGACUUAUCUCACACUAAUUUAGCAGGGAUUAAAAAUGAGACCUUCAUAGACCUGCCCAACCUGCAGGUUCUUAAUCUUUCAUACAACAUACUGUCAUUUUUCGAUGUUUACGUGCAUGCCUUUAAAGGCCUUGAAAAGCUGGAAAUAUUGGAUCUUAGUUCAAACUCGUUAAUAUGGGUGCCUAGUCUUAAAGAUUUCAAGAAUGGUAGUUUAAAGGUUCUGUACUUGAAUGACAAUGAACUUGAUCGUCGUAUUUUCUCAAAUGUGUUCAGCAUUGUGCCAACUCUUCGUGAGCUUCAUUUGCGAAGGACUCGCCUUGGUAACAGCUACCUUUACUGGCUAUACAACUUAACUAAUCUCCGGGUUCUUGAUUUGUCUGAAAAUUAUUUUAAAAACUUUGAAACGCUGACAACUGCUCUCUCGAAUCUGACAUUACUAGAGGAAUUAAAUCUAGCCAGAAAUCCUCUCCAAUUUUUGAAUAAAAAGGUGUAUUUGAAAAAGUUGAAAAAACUGAAAAGUUUGAACCUGAGUGGUACAUUCUUCGAUUUCUACUGGCUUAUUGCAUUUAACUUGACGUCAUUAGAAGAGUUAUAUCUUGAGAACCUUGAAAACGGUGACUUCUUUGAUAUCACGUGGCAGAAAAUGAAUUUAUCAUUGGAAAACUUGAAGAUUUUUUCACUUGCUGGUAGUCUUGUGAGAACACUGAGCCCUCAGUUCUUCAGUUCCAUGCCGGCACUGAAACAUUUGAGUUUACAAGCAAAUGGGCUGGACUUUCUUAAUAAGGACAUGCUGAAGAAUUUAAAACACUUGGAAUAUCUUGAUCUUAGUUUGAACAGUAUUACAAAAAUCACUAGAUUUGAUUUCCCAGAUAGCCUAGUCACUUUAAUUCUGUCUUACAACCAUCUGUCAAUCAUUGAAAGAGAAGAACUGAAUUCUGGUGAGCUGUUGAACUUGAAAACUCUGGUCCUGUCGCAAAACUCUUUGGAAUGUAGCUGUCCGGCUCGGUGGUUUCGCAACUGGAUACAUAGCAACAAGAUGGUGAAUUUAGUGAACUAUGACAAGUACAUUUGUUUGUCUCCUUCUGGUGGUCGUGCGUUUUUCACUGCCUUCAAUUUUGACAAUCUGAAAUGCGAGUCUCUGUCAUACAUCCACCUUGCAAUAAGCUUAAGUUGUGUCGCUGUUAUUAUCUUCGCAGUUGUCUGUAUCGCUGUCUACAAUAGAUGGUAUAUUCGAUACGCAUGCUUCCUGCUUCGUUUAAAAACCAGGGGAUACCGCGAACUUGUGGACUUGGACGAAAAAACUUAUGAUGCGUUCAUUUCGUAUAACAGUGCCGAUCAGAAUUGGGUGUUGAGAAAUUUAGUUCCAUGUUUGGAAUCGGAUAAAUAUCGAUUUAAUAUAUGUGUUGAUUAUAAAAAUUUUAUUCCGGGUAAAUUCAUCGUUGACAAUAUCAUGGACAGCAUCCAGGAGAGUAGAAAAACUAUUUUAGUUUUGAGCGAGAAUUUUGUAAAUAGUGAAUGGUGUUAUUUUGAAAUGAACAUGGCAUUGCAUCGACUGUUUGAUGAUGGUAGAGAUGUUGUUGUGAUGAUUUUAUUAGAACCGAUUGUUGGUAAAAAGUUACCACGUAUCCUGAGAAAGGUUUUCACAAAGAAGACUUACAUAGAAUGGCCUCAAGAUCACAGUACAACAGCGAAAGAGUUGUUUUGGGCUAAAUUAGAGAAUGCAUUAAAGGCCCCCUCAAGGGUGGACCGUGUACACAAGGUUUGA